UGUGUGGUUUUGUCCAACAGGAAGAUCUGUCUGCUGUGUAACAGGACAACAGCUUCUACAGACAUAGAGGUGUCUCUACAGGUGCUGGAUGCGGUGGUGUGUUAUAACUGCCUCCCCUCUGACUCCCUCACCGUCUUCAUCAUCACUCUCUGUCGCACCGUCAACGUCAAGGAGUUCUGUGAGUCCUGCUGGAAGUUGAUGAGGAAGGUGUUGGGGACUCAUCUGGGCCAUAGUGCCAUAUACACCAUGUGCCGUAUCAUGGAGGAGAGGGCGUAUAUGGAGGAUUCUCUGCUGCUGAGAGGAGCAGUGUUCUUCGUAGGGAUGGCUCUAUGGGGAGCGCACCGUCUCCCAGCCUUAAAGAACACCCCUACCCUGGUCCUCCCAUCAUUCUAUAAGGCGAUGUGGUGUGCCAACGAGAUGGUGUCGUAUGAGAUCGUUCUGUCCAUCACCAGACUGAUAAAGAAGUAUGGCGAGGAGCUCCAGGUGGUCACAUGGGACAUACUGCUGGGCAUCAUAGAGAGGUUACUACAGCAGAUUCAGUCGAUAGGCAGUGCAGAGCUGAAGUCCAUAGUGUAUGAGUUGCUGACUACAGUGGAGGAGCUCUAUGAGCAGAACGGCUUCCAUGGAUCAUCUGACAAGUUCUUCAGUCUGGUGGAGAAGUGUGCUGACAAAAGACCUGAUGCGUCGGUGCUGACUCUGAUAUCGUACCGGGCCCAGUCCAUCCAGCCAGCUAAAGACGGGUGGAUCCAGAGUCUACACCGCCUCAUGGAGAAGUUCUUCAGGAAUGAGAGUCGUAGUGUGAUCAGAAUCAGAGUGCUUCACAUCCUCUCCUUUGUCCUCAGCACCAACCGCCAGCUUUCCCAGGAGGAGCUGAUAGAGGUGGUGGUGGUUCCUCAGCUCAGUGGGAUAGCAGAGGACAGAGACCUGGCUGUGAGGAGACAGGCUACCCAGCUACUGGUGGAUCUGGCUGAGAGCUGUACUACACACCACUUCACCAGCCUCCUGGACAUCAUCCAGAGGGUGGCGAGUCGUUCGCUGGUGUGCCCAGGGCCCCUGGAGGUGUCGGAGAGAGACCCCACGGCAGAAUCCCCCAUGGAGGACGUCAGGACCGCUAUACGAGGCCUACUGGAGAUACUGCAGAGUAAGCUGUACAGCCUGCCAGCCAGCCACGCUAGUCGAGUGUACGAGCUGCUGAUCGGACACCUGCAGCUGCACUACAAGAACAAGUACAGCUCCGCUGUGGCCUGCAGCAUACGACUACAGGUGUUUGACUUCCUCCUGAUGAUGAGAACGGACUCCCUCCAUCGUCUGGGGUUCCUCAGUAAAGACGGGGUGCUGAGGUUCAGUCCCUACUGCCACUGUGACAUGGGGGAGCCAGAGAAACGAGGGAGUGAGAAGAAGCCUGCAGGCUCAGUGUCUCCCCCUGCUGGCAGUCCUGCCCCCUCCUCCACCACUACUCCCUCCUCCUCCUCCAUCCGUACAGCCUGCCUGCCCUACUCACCUGCCUUUAAUGUGCUGCUACAGUGCCUGAAGAUGGAGACAGAUUGGAAGGUGUUGAAGCUGGUACUAGAGAAGAUGUCCUGGACCCUGCAGUAUAAAGUCCUGCUGCUGUCCUCUCCCUGCAGCAUAGACCAGCUCUGUUCUACACUCUGUUCUAUGGUGACAGACCGUCUUAUCUCAGAGCGUCUGAAGAAGACUCCAGAUGGUUUCAGUCGUACUGAUGUCCAGCUGGCUGUAGUGCCUGUUCUCACUGCUAUCACAUCAUACCACAACUACCUAGAACAGGCCAGACAGAGGGAGUUGGUUCAGUGUCUGGAGGCAGGGCUGAUAUACCGCUGUGCUAAGCAGUGUGUGGUUGCCCUGACAAUGUGCACCGUGGAGAUGCCUGACAUCAUGGUUAAACUCCUCCCCGCCCUCAUCGUCAAGCUGACGCACAUCUCGGCAACCGUCGCCAUGGCGUCGCCCAUGCUGGAAUUCCUGUCCACUCUGGUGCGGCUGCCACAUCUCUAUGCUUACUUCGUAGCAGAGCAGUACGUCAGUGUGUUCGCCAUCUCCCUGCCCUACACCAACCCCUCCAAGUUUAACCAGUACAUUGUGUCGUUGGCUCACCAUGUCAUCUCCAUGUGGUUUAUCCGCUGCAGACUCACCUUCAGAAAGGACUUUGUGCAGUACAUCACCAAGGGUCUGCGCUCUAAUGCUCUGAUGCCGUUUGAUGACACCCAGGACACUCAGAGCAGCUUCCGUGCUCGCAGCACCAGCCUCAAUGAGAGGCCCAAGAGGUACACACACACACACACACACACACACGGCCGGGUCACAUGACUGCUCAUUGAAGAUCUUGUGAACGCAUGCCCGUACAGGAGGUUGGUGUUGUCAAGGUAACACAGGACUCAGCAUGACUGUCGUUGUUGUGGUGUGAUGGUUGUUUUGCUUUCCCACAGGUUGCUAUGGUGAUCAUUUCUGUUUUGGUUGUUUGUUUUUUGUUGGUAAAUAUUUUCCGUUGAUUGUUGUUGUCUCAACUCACGCACAUUAUUACCACAAGAUGCACAAAGAGGUAGAGAGAGGAGUGUUGCUCUUCCCUUUUCUCUUUCUCACUCUGUCUCUGUCGUGUCAUUGACGAACUGUCAUCGUACACACUCUGUCUCUCCUCUCUUCUCUCUUUCUCUUUCUCUCGAGAUCAAAGGUUUUUUUUCAUCAGGGCAGCUGUUUGACUGCAAUCUAUUAAACAGAUGCUCAGAGAAAUAAUCCCCAAAUAAAAUCAUGUUAUAAAAUCUUAGAAUAAAAGCUAAUAAUUAAAUCAGUCACACAAGUGACUUCCUGAACCACGUCCCACCUAAAUCCUACCCCCUAGCCAUAACCAGGCCACCCUAAUGGUCCCUUGGAGUGUCAAUCAAAAUCCCCAGCUUCCCAGCUUGGAAUUCUGUCAUAAUCAAGUCCUGUCUAGAAAAAAGAAACGCACACCUUUAAAGGCGAGG